AUGGGUAUCGAAGCUACGCAAAUAUCAGCCUCUCCUUUACAGAUAAAAUUUGUUGUUAAAGGCCGUGAAGGGGCUGCUCUCGUGUUACCUAACGGGACCAGCCGUGAAGACCUGGCUGAUCCCAGUCGCAUUAGGGCAUAUGUCCGAAUGCACCUGUUGAAGUGGUAUAGAUUUAUGAACAGAUCGCGAAUAGGCCGUAUUUCGGUGCCAAAUGGAAGUUUGUAUCUUGUCACUGGGUACGAUAAAGCCGACGCAUGGGCAAUUGCUUGUGGGCCUUUGUCCUACAGUCGUACUGGAACAGAUAUGAGUAUACGGUAUCAAGCCGACAAAACUCCGGUAUGGCAAGAUUUCAGGGGGAUGACGGGCAAUAGCAAUACUCCCUCCGAUACGGUACAGUCAUGGGCCGUUUUUCUUCGUGGAAUGAAGCUCGCGGUCAGCAAUUCAGAUUGGGUCAGAUAUAUUCUUCACGAGGAUAUUCCAGAGCUUCCGUUCUACAACGUGAUGAAGACUCCCGUUCUUGGACGCAGAGCUCGUUUACAGACGUACAUAGAACAUCGGUAUAACUUUCCCGCCAAGUAUCUUUCUGAGAGCACGCACUCUCCAAAUGCCGACGUCGCAAUCGUGGAUGAUUGGGUAUGGUGCGCCGUUGCAGACAGGAGCGAUGGAAGCCUCUCUCGAGUUGCCCAUCUUCUCUUACGCAUUCUGGAAACGCAUGAAAUUGUUAUACAAGACGGACUUGCAACAUUGAAACCUUUUUCUCCUACACAAAGCAAGGAACUGUCUGUACAAAGUUUUCGCCAGAUAACGGUCGGCCUCUCUCGUUUUCGGCGGCGAAGCAAUAUCAAGCGCAAGCUCGAUAAGAUCUUUCCUGGACCACCUGUUCCGCAGGAACAGUUCGAGGACUCAGACUAG